AUGUUGAAUGGUAAGAUUGAGACAUGCGUCGAAGGGAAGGCACUUGUGGUGGAUGAAAACUCCGUGCGAGAGAAGCCCUCGGUUAGGGUUGGUGACACCGUUUGUUGGGGUGACCUGGCCGGUGAUGUCGAUGGUAUGAUGACGACGGAGUCGAUGGAAGGGCCGGUGGUUGUGCGUGAAAUUGCGGUUUUGAGCUAG